AUGAAAGUAAAAUUGGGCGUAAUAGUUUAUGUGUUUUUUGUUUUGAUUGUAAAAGGCAGUAGUUCACAACCCAUUGUACGGCACGGUACUUACGGGACAAUAGAAUCUCCAAGCUUUCCUAAAAACUACUCAAACAACCUCAAUAUCACGUGGGAGACGUACGGACCCAUAGAUGCCAUAUCAUUGAUGGUGACCAUUCUUCAAUUUGACGUCUACUACGAUCCUAGAUUUCCGUGCCAGGAUCUUCUGACGAUUACUGAGGUGGAGACGAACUUUGACUUUUUUAACCGAUGUGGAACCAUCCCUAAAACAAACUACAUUUUACUUGGAAACAAAUUGAAGUUCACAUUCAGAACUGACGGAGAAAACAAUGCUCAAGGCUUUCGGAUUCACUGGGAAGUCAGAGACUACAGAAAAGAGGGCAAAGAUCCAAUCGUCAAAGUACUUUUCUGUCCCCCUUUCCCAGUUACAGCCAGAUCUCCAUUAACAACAGAAGCAAGCAAACUUGCAAAUGAACCAACAGAACACAUCGAGAAGCUGCUCUAUUGUCAAACUUCAACAAUAUCAUACAUAAAAGAUGGGGUCAUAGGUGUUUUGUCCACAGCACUACUUGUGGUCACUGUGGCAUUCUGUUGUCACCGAAGGAAAAGUUCACCACCAGAAAACAAGACUGAAUACUCCAUCAGUUACACGUCAUCCGAAUUUUCUUCGCUGGAAACUGAAACACAAACCGUAUAUGACUAUCCCCUUGCACUGACUACGGAAGCUGUUGAUAAUUUCUCAAGAAGCACAACAUCGUCCGGGUAUGCCAUACCGACACCAUACUCGCCAGAUGGCAAUGAAACUCCAAUUUAUGGCAAUAUGACCAUAGAAUCUGAAAAUGUGAAUACGAACGUUGAAUGCGAAUAUAUGAAUAUUUCCAUGGUAAUCCGACCCGAUGUCGGGAAAGGGGAAAAAUCAGGAAAGAGAUCUUUACAUCUUGACAAUUCCCUGUCACGGAAUGCUGUGUUCUCGUCCAAACAAAGUGCUCAAAAGCGAGUUAAUCGUCCACGAAAUAAAAGGAGCAAAAGCAAAAAAGUAGAAGAAAAUAAUUAUUUAAAUGUAACACCUAAACCGCACUCGUACAUCGAGGUGGUGGGUGAUGGGACCGAAGCUUUGCUCUGUAAUAGCUUUACUAGUAUGACGUCGUCAGGGUAUUCUAAACCAGUGGAAAAUAAAACAAAGCAACGGAGACGAUUGCAAUGCUCCAAUAAGAAAAACACAGCAAGAAGAAACGUUGCUGUGAAUUCUUAA